AUGGAAACUGAAACAACAGAAGCAGUACGCCAAGCGGGAAAUUUACAAAAUAUUGUUAAUCAACAACGAGUUUCAUUAGAAAAUCAGCCACGUGAUAAAGAUCAAAUCUGUCGUGAAACAGCAGAAGUUUUAUCCAAAGAAUUUGAUCAAGAUUCUUCAAAAAUAAUUCAUUAUAUUCGAGUUAAACUUGAUUGGCCACUUUCAUUUAAACAUUUACUUCUUCGUCAUGUACGACGAGAUGAAUCUGAUAAUCAUGAUAAAUUUCAUAGUCUUGCUAAUUUUGUAUUCGAUCCAACAGCAAAUAUAAAACAUCGACGUCGUUUUCAAUUUUUUCUUCCAACACUUGCUUCAAUUGCACGUCAAUAUGGUUCCGGUGUUUGUGCAAUAUUUCACCUUCAAUAUGGAUUUUUUCUUAUUAAUUUAUUAACUCUAAUUGUAUGGGUUUCAUUAAUUACAGUUCCAUAUAAAAUUAUAACUUCAUCAACAACAUUCUCCAAUGUAUCAUUUACAUUUUCAUCAUUAUUUACAACAAAAGGAUAUUUAUCAGAAUCCGUACUUUUCCAAGGUUCUUAUCCUUAUGGUAUUAUUGAUAAUAAAUAUAAUUUAUCAUUAAUCUAUUUUUUAACAACAUACAUUUAUUUUUUUAUUUGGUUUAUUUUUAUAACAAUACGUUUUUCAUCUGCAUAUAAACAAAAAGUUUUUCAUUCAAUAUUAAAUACAAAAAUUGGUAGUGGUUUUAUGUCUACAUUUGGACGUAACGAUUAUACAAUACAAUCAUCGAAACAAAAUUUAAAACAUCGAACAAUAUUCAAAAGAUUAUAUCUGGAUUUAAUUGGAAAUGAUGAAAGAAAUAAAAAAAUACAAUUUAGUGAUUUUAAAUCAUAUGGAUAUAAAUUAAAAUUAAUUGUAACAAAUUUAUUUUAUAUUUUAUUAGCAAUGGUAUUAGGUGCUAUUAAUUGGGCGAUUUUAUCUUUUUGUGAUAAACCAAAUGUUGAUUGUUAUCAAUCAAUUAUUUAUUUAGCUAUUAUUAAUCGAUUAAUGCCAUAUGUUAUUGCUUUACUUACACAAAUUGAACAAUAUAAAUAUCUAUCAUAUAAAUUAGAUGCUGUGGGAUUAAGAUGUGUUUUUACGAAUGUAUGUACAAUUGUAUCGUUUAUUAUCCAUUUUUUUGUCAAUGCACCACCAUGUUAUGAAACAGCUUUUGGUCAAUAUAUCUAUGUUCUUUUACUAUGCGAUUUAUUUGCAUCAUUAUUAUUUCCAUUAUUAUUUGGUCUUUUCUUUGAUUUAAUAUCCGGUAAAAAGAAUCGUGAUUUCGAUGGUAUUAAUCUUCAUGUUCAAAUAAGUCCACCUGUAUUACUUUACAGUCAAUUUCUUAUUUGGAUUGGAAUCUAUUUUUCUCCACUAUUAUCCAUAAUGAUAUUAUUAAAUAUAUUAUUUUCAUUUGUAUCCCAUCGUUUAUAUUUAUAUAUUCGUUCGCGUCGUUCAGAUUCUCAUAAACGUGUUUUUAUUUGGAAUGCAUAUCGUCUUGAAUAUUUAAUAUAUUUAUUAGCAUAUAUAAUAUUAAUUGUAAGUGCAACAUGUUUUGCCGUAUUUACAACACAAAUAAAACCAAGUGAUAAUUGUGGACCAUUUCGUCAUUUAAAUGGUUCUUAUGAAGUUAUUUGGAAUUUUUUAGCUGAUUAUCAAACAUCUGUUUUAUGGAUAUCGAUUAUUAAUUUUUUAACAUCACCCGGUUUAAUUUAUUUUCUUGGUGUUGCUUUUUUUAUUGUUGCUUAUAAAUUAAGACAUGAAGGUUUAGCUGAAAAACAACUUGUAUUUAUACGUGAAAAUAAUCUGGAAAGUAAAAAACAUCUAAGACAAAAUGCAGUGAAAACAUUACAUCGACGCGAUAAACCUAAUUUAUCAAAAACAACAUCUGUCAUUCAAGAAGCUUUUUAA